AUGUGGGAUUUCUGUCAUUCAACAGUUCUUUCUGAUGAUCCAGAAUGGAAAUUGCAUUGUGUAGUUGGAAGUAGAGGUAUAGGGAAAACCGCCCUAGUCAAGAAAGUCUAUGAUGAUGAUGCAGUGAAAAAGCAUUUCAAUCAUACACUGUGGCUUGAGAUUCCAAGGGUUUCUGAUGUUAAGGAGCUAAUGAAGAACAUGAUUACUAUAAACAAUGACCAUUCUCGUCGAGUCAUUGAAGCCAUGGAUACUAACAUGUUGGCACAGUUCAUCCGACAACUCAUUGAGUCAUCAAGGUACUUUAUUGUCCUUGAUGAUGUCCCUGACAUUGGUAUAUGGAGGGCUCUCAAAUGUACAUUUCCUAUUGAAAACUGUGGCAGUAGGAUCAUCAUCAUAUCGCGUUCUCCUGAACUAUGCCAUAACAUUUGUGUGGAAACACGCGGUGAUAGUCACGUUUAUAGUUUGAAUUUAUCUGAGGAAGAAUCUUGGAUUCUUUUCUGCAGAAAGGUAUUUUCAGGCAGCCUAGUACGUCCUCUACCCUUGAUGCAAAUCUCCAAAGACAUCGUAGAAAAAUGCAACGGUUUUCCACUGGCAAUUUUGGUGAUUGCUUGUGCACUGGCCACCAAAGGGAAGAACACAGAGGCAUGGGAGUUGUUUCACGGCAGCCUUGUUGCCAAGCUACAAGGUAGUUAUAGUGAAGUCGAGCACAUGAAAAGGAUACUCGACCUAUGUUAUCAAGACUUGCCUUUCUAUCUCAAGUCUUGUUUCAUAUAUCUGAGCAUAAUUCCAAAAGAUCAUGUCAUCGAUAAGAUGAGACUGAUUCGACUGUGGGCAGCAGAAGGACUUGUCGUUGAAAGAGAAGGAAAGGCAAUUGCACAAGUUGCUGAAAGCUAUCUCAAUGAACUUGCAAACAGAAGCUUGAUCCAAGUUGCUAGAAAGCAUCCUGAUGGAAGGUGUCUAAACUUGAGGAGCACUAAGAUAAAACAUAUUCCAGGAUCAAUAGGGAAGCUUGAGAACCUUGAGUUCUUGGAUCUAAGGGAGACAUUGGUAAACAAAUUGCCAGUCGAGAUACUAAAGCUUCAAGAACUUCGCCAUAUCUUCAGCAAUCACUUUGCUGCUGGUUAUAUACAUGGUUUUGAAGCUCCUAAUAAGAUAGGAACCCUUGUGUCCUUAGAAAUGGUGAAUCGUAUAAAUGCAACUACAAGCACACUGAUUGAAUUGGGAAAGCUAACAAGACUAAGAAUGUUAUACAUCGCAAAGCUGAGAAGAAAACAUGGAAGGGAUCUUUGUUCUUCCCUUGACAAGUUGAUAAAUCUUCAACAACUAACUAUCUCAUCUUUUGGGGUGGGUGACAUAAUUGACUUGCACUAUCCCCUUCAUUCUACACACUCAUCCCUUCGAACAUUAGUCUUCGAAGGGCGUUUAGAGAGGUUUCCACAAUGGGUAACAUCUCUUCAAGUCCUAGCCAUUGUUGUUUUAAGAGGGAGCAAGUUAAUGGACAAUGCACUAGAAACUCUUCAAGAUUUGCCCAACCUUGUCAAACUCGUCCUAGACCGAGCCUUUGAAGGAGAAGAAUUGAGGUUCGGGGCAGGUAGAUUCAAGAAGCUGAAGAUAUUAUGCAUUUUGCACUCUACAAAGUUGAGACAGAUGAAAGUGGAAGAGGGUGCAAUGCCUUUUCUUGAAGAGCUUCAACUGUGCAACUGUGGAUUAAUGGAGGAUUUGCCCUUUGGGAUUGAGCAUUUGAGGAAGCUUGGUUAUCUUUUGCUGGAAGAAAUUUCUGAAAAGCUGUUAAUGACUCUGCAGCUUAAGGACAGUCAAAGUGGGGAUUACUGGAAAAUUGCUCAUAUUACUAGAGUUCAUGUGAAAAUGUUGUAA